AUGAUCCAAGGGUGCUUGUUGGAUACUCGGACAGACUUUGCCACAGCCAUCCAUCUGUGGCAGACACCGGAUGCCCGGACGUUGUCUACCAGGCUUAAGCGCGUGAGGAUGUUUUCCAGAAGUUCGACUGGAAUAUCCGACUCUUCGGCCUUUUUAUUUGGCCUCCUCGGAAAAUCCUCGAUUCUGAGGCUCGAUUCAUCGUCAUCCAAAACUGUCCAGAAACCAGAGAAGUUGGAAUUAGACCUUCCUGGAGAGCUUGUAGAACAAAUCAUGUCCUUGUUAUGCUCUGGGGACAGAGCUCGAGCUAGCUGUGUAUGUCGAAAAUGGCGAGACAUAGCAAAGUCUCUCAAAAAGACAAACCGACCUCCGAUGAAUGUGAACGUCCAAGCGUACGAUGAGUUCUUUGACAUCUGCGACCUCUCUCGCUGCCUGACAAAAGUGGUCAUCAUUCCUAAUCGACCUAAAGGCAUAGUCAGUUACGCGAAGGACGGUUGGAUGUUGUUUUAUCACAAUGCUGCCCGCGCGAUGAAUUUCUACAAUCCUCAAUCAGAUGAGGUUGUUGAACUCCCAACGAUCCUACCUACUGUUCUGAUCGAUAUGGCUGCUUUCUCAGCCCCGCCAAUGUCGCCUAACUGCGCUGUAUUCUUGCUGCCCAUUACCUCCUUGCCUGGUUCUCCCGAUGUCCUUAUUUGGCGCCCGGGGGAUAUGCUGUGGACCUUUGUCGAGUAUGAUAACAAAAGACAUCGAUCCAUAACCUCCACUUGGAUAAAUGUCGUGGUUCGCAACGGGAAGUUCUAUUGUAUGAACAUCCAUGGCUAUAUGGGCGAGUUUGAUCCCGUAAAAUGUAGUUGGAGAGCUCUCCCAUACGAGCCCCUCGGAUGCGCCCAAUCUGUCCCCUCUUAUGGGUGGGGGAAAAGCUUCUACAUGGCAGAGUACGGAAGCGAAUUCUUUCUAGUGCGCAUUUGGGGUGUGGCGAAACCCAUCGUCUACAAAUCGGAUGGGAUCAGCUGCACAUGGAAGAGGGUAAAGCACUUAGAUGGCGCAACCUUUUUUGCGAGCACCACGACAUCCCUCGUCCGGGAUGAACUCCCCAAUCCGAUGAGAAACUGCAUUUAUUUCCCGGAGUGUGUGGAUGAUGGGAGGCACUGUCUUGUCUAUUCCAUGAAACUCAAGAAAUUCUAUAGGAAAAUGCAAAAGUUGGACAGGUGGAAGACGGAAUAUUAUUACGACGACGUAUGGAUGGACAUUGGCGAUCGUGAGGUUCCGGUGAUGGAAGAAAGAGACGACGUUGCCCGUAUGAAUCGGGAUGUUGCGGCAGCAUUCGGGCGGAUGCAUCUAAAAGCCUUUGGAACGGAGCUCGUUGCUUAG